CCACACUGGCUGAGCUGACGGAACCGCCUCCCUGGCCUCCUGCAGCCCAGGUGCCGGGUGUCUUCCGGAAGGAAAGGGCUUGAUUGACGGAGGAGCUCCCUUCCACCUUGACUCCCCAGGGGGACAGACACCUUCCCUAAUACUGAGUAUGAUGCUGGCUUUAACACAAAGUCAGGCUCACAUCUCCACUCCUCCUGGGUGAUGGAAAAGAGGCUUGAGGUACUACACCAGUAUGGGGGUACAUCUCACUCCUUCUGUACCCCACUCCCUAAGGGCAUUUCCAAUGCCUUUAAACGUUCCAUUGGGGAGCAUGACCUCAAACAAGUGGAGAAACUGAGGCCUGGAAGAACCUUGACAGGUCCCACAGCCAGGAGUGGCACUGCUGGGACAGACCCCAAAGUCCUGGAGAAAAGAUGUGACAGGGAGGUGAGAAUUCGUGAAAAGCUGGGGGGAGCACAGAAGGUGCCUCUGGGGAGUCAAAGGAUGCUAGGCUACUUUCUACAUGAUACUGGAAUCAUCUAAAGUCUUCAAGUCCUGGCACCCCACACCUUCAGCACUUAGCCCCUAGCCUGAGUCUAGGAAGGGCUUGCCAACUGAAAUGGGCAGGAUUGGAACCCACCCCCAGGCCUGCAAGGAGCUAUCUCUGACGGGUGGCAGUACUGGAGAAGCUAGGGUUGCUCAAGUUGGGUUGGCGGGUCCUUAGUAUGCUCUGCUCAGGAGCCAACCACAUCCAUACCCGGUGCCUAAGCCUGGGCACACUCUAUGCCUUUCAGUGCCGUCUCCACUCGUGGACAGAGAAAGGUGUUGGGGUUGCCAGCUUGCUGCUUAGCCACUUCUAUGCAGCAGUGUGGCUCACUCUGCAGCCAGGCCGGGGGAUUUAUAGCUCCUCCCAGCUCCAGCAAGCCCUGCUCCUGAACUUACUUCCUCCUGCCCCUCCCCUCGCCCACACCAAGUGAGCAGCUGGUGACUUGGCCAGCCUGGUACCAGCUGUCCAUCCCUGGGGCCAAGUCUGCAGAGCCGCUGUGCGCAUGAGAGACAGUUUGGCUCUGGGGGCGGUGGUCAGCCAGCUGCCGAGGAAGACUAGGCAGUGUCCACUCACCGUCUACUAGCAUGGCGACAUCCUCCCAAUAUCGUCAGCUGCUGAGUGACUAUGGGCCUCCAUCGCUAGGCUAUACCCAGGGAACUGGAAAUAGCCAGGUGCCUCAGAGUAAAUAUGCAGAGCUGCUGGCCAUCAUUGAAGAGUUGGGGAAAGAGAUCAGACCCACGUAUGCAGGGAGCAAGAGUGCCAUGGAGAGGCUAAAACGAGGCAUCAUUCAUGCCCGAAGCCUGGUUCGGGAGUGCCUGGCUGAAACGGAACGUAAUGCUAGGUCCUAGCCUCUGGCCAGAAG